AUGGUCAGUCAGGCAGUCAUGCGAGGCCAGCGUGUGGUGGAGAGCGAGUGUAGGUGCUGGAACCCGGCCGUCUGGCUCCUGGUGUCCCUGCUGGGAUCCCUCGUCUUGGUGGCCGUCAGUGUGCUGCUGCGACUCGGAGACAUGAAAAUAAACAGACGGGCUAUCAGUGCCUCAGGCUUUUUAAACAAGGUCACUUUCCCAGCUCUCCAUUCAGUGCAACUGGUGAACGGACGUAACAGGUGUGAGGGUAGAGUGGAGGUGUUCUACAAUUACUCAUGGGGCACAGUGUGUGACGACGACUGGGAUAUGGUGGACGCCAACGUGGUGUGUCAGCAGCUGAAAUGUGGAUCGGCUAUGGCAGUGGGCAGCAGCUCUCAGUUUGGACAAGGCACAGGUCUCAUUCUGCUGGAUAAUGUGGACUGUAGAGGAAGUGAAACAGACCUCAGUGAGUGCCGUUCUUUGGACUGGGGCGUGCACAACUGUUACCACUAUGAAGACGUGGGUGUUACCUGCAGAGGAUAUUUGACGGAGCCGAGGGCCGAGGGCUUUCACACCACACUGCCCCGGGUGAACCACGGUUUACGAGAUGGCACCAUCCGUCUGAUGAAUGGACAGAACGCCUGCCAGGGCCGGGUAGAGAUCUACUACCAGGGAAACUGGGGGACAGUGUGUGAUGAUGAAUGGACCUUCGACAAUGCCCGGGUGGUGUGCCAACAGUUAAGCUGCGGUGUGCCUGUCUAUGCACACACCAACUCCUACUUUGGCUACGGAAUCGGUCGGAUUCUCCUGGACAAUGUCAACUGCCACGGCACAGAACCCGACCUGUCUAGAUGCAAAAGCCUGCCAUGGGGCAAACACAACUGUGGCCAUCAUGAGGACGCUGGGGUCACCUGCACUGAAACAGAAAACAUUACAGUCACCAUGCCACCAACUACAACAACUGUUACUACAACUGUCCAGACAAAAGCCAAAACAGCCAUUCGUGUGAUGAAUGGUAACAGUAGCUGCCAGGGUCGUGUAGAGGUCCGCUUCAAAUCUGUUUGGGGGACGGUGUGUGAUGAUAACUGGGACAUGAUCAACGCCAAAGUAGUGUGCAGGCAGCUAGGUUGCGGCCCAGCCAUCGAUGCCAAGACCAAGGCCUUCUUCGGCUACGGAUAUGGUCCCAUCCUGCUGGACAAUGUGGAAUGCACCGGCUUUGAACCAGACCUGUCCGAGUGCUUUCACCUGGGCUGGGGUCAGCACAACUGUGGCCAUCAUGAGGAUGCUGGAGUUAUCUGUGCACCUAGUGAAUAUUACACUGGAAUUGGACGUGACUUUACAGUUACAGAAAAGAUACCUGCCACCACCGCCACACAACCCUCUGAAGGAAUGGUGAGACUGGUGGGUGGGGAGCACCAGUGUGAGGGUCGGGUGGAGAUGUACUCAACUUCUGGAUGGGGCACAGUGUGCGAUGAUGCUUGGGACAUCCCCGACGCUCAGGUUGUGUGUCACCAACUUGGCUGCGGAGAGGCCACGGCGGCUCGGGGAGAAGCUUUCUUCGGGCCCGGCACAGGAACAAUCCUGCUGGACAAUCUCAAGUGCACCGGUGCGGAGGGCGCUCUGCGGGAGUGCUCCCAUAUAUCCUGGAAUGUGCACAACUGUGACCACUCUGAAGAUGCCGGCGUCACCUGCUCACUGUCGUGA